CAGUCAAGUGGAGUGAAAGAGAAUGUAAGGAAGAAAAUUGAUAAAAAAGAGAUUAUUGACAAAGCAAGACUGGAUAACGUUCGAAAAUAGUGUUUGAUAUUCAGGGUGAGGAUGAAGUUUACUACCAUUUACUAGUUCAGUUUGAGACCAUGAGUUAAUCAUCUUAAAUUAUUGCCGUUUAUUACAAGACCAUCGGGGACAGAAUAGGUCUCUUUAAUGAACCUAGUAGUGUGCCUCAUCGAAGAGGGUGAAUUCCUCCUCCAUAAAAAAAGACAUUGUUUAAGUACUAUGUAUGCGUAAAAGUGGUAAUAUCAGUGGACGGUUUUUGAUAGAUGUUCAAAUCAAUUCAAAUGGUAGAGCAAAACUAAUAAAUUAUCCGUGAGCAUAAACCACAGGUACAGUUUUUUUCAUCACAUCACUAUAAGUUGAACAGAAUGUGUCCUUACCGUGGUUGUAGCUACAGACAAUUGUGCAUUACCUAAUAGGUUGAUGGCAAUCGGAAAACGGAUUAUCGUUUUAGAAGUAAAGUUUCUAAAUUGGACAUCAAAAUGGCAAAGUGUUUUACAAACAAGGGAAUUUUAAAAACAAAUAAAUGACGUGCAGGCAAAAUUCGAAGUAAAAUCAUUCGAUAAUGAUGUAGACACUGGAGCUUCAUUUUCAUAACCUGGAGUUAAACGAAAUGAUAGUGGCUAUCAGUGGAGUUUUACAAGUUGAUACUGUCUGCCCUAGAACAAAGUUAUAAUUUUGGUACUUGCGAGCUACUGUUGGGGAGACCCAGUUUAUAAUGCAGCUCCUGCUAGUUGAAAAGAAAAAGUGAAAGGAUUCCAUCAACAAUAGGCAACAAAUAGUAUGUUGCUAUGAGUGUAUUUUAACCACACAUUCUAGCCUUCUCUGGUGAUCGUGUAGGGAAACCUAGCUGCCUGAAGAAAAAACCGGCAAUCUUUCAAAGACAACCACAAAGAAGCCAUACAGUUGCGCUAAUACCCGAGCGGUUUCAAGUUCUGUGCAAUGCAAACACGUUACAUGAAUUGAAAAAGGUAUUAGCUAUACAGGGUAGAUUCUUAAAUAGGAUUCAUUCAUUUCCUGCAUCCAUUCCGCAAAGGCCAUGUGUGGUAAACGAAUCACUCGUCGCCCUGCCGUGCGUGUAUCGGCUGAGUAAAGCAUCUACUAUACCUAAUAAUGAGCCACCUACCAACGUGCUCGCUAAAUCUAUUGAAACUCCAAGCCAACCGCUACCCACUGCACGUGUUACGAACCAUAUUUCUCCAACGGCAAAAUUACCUCGUUUCCAAACAACGCUGCGGCAGUCGCAAAAGUGCUUUCCCGAUAUCGACAUUGAUAUUGAGUGCCAGUGCAUUGCAAACAACAAAUCGUCUACAUCAUCACCUCGACCAUUGCAAAAGUUACUAAAUUCAUUCUGCAAGGACAGCAUUCACAAGCAUAUUCAAUACUUACGUAAUUGCCAUCUUCAAGCAGAGAUCAUUAAAAAGCGGGUUCAAUCAAAACAAAAGCUUAACCUAGCGGAUAGCAAUGAUCACUUGCAGCAUACAUUUCCUGCCUGCUUCUGCGUAGAAGAACAGCACUGUUUGGAUCGUAACACGAAUAAUAGUAUCAAUAAUUUUUCAUUAGGUGCACUAAGUGAAGAAAAGCAAGAAAAGUUAACCAGCCUGCUCGACAGUCUGUAUCGUUUAAGACUAGAUUCAGCCGAUUUGAAAUUCAUUCAAAUUCCGAAAAUUGUCCUUACUGACUAUUCCUCCAUUGGAAUUAAAAACGCGGUUCAGUUGAGUGAAGUGAAGUGGAAACGCGAACAUUUCCUUAAGGAAAACCACGAGUGUAAAACUAACGAGCAACAAUUCGUGGACUCCAAAGAAUCCCUGUGUUGCAAAUGUGUGCAAAGAGCAGAUAGGCUAGCAAACAAUAAUUUCUUACAAAUACCACAAUUGAGAGAUUGUAAAUACUGAAGUGCAUUAUAAAUCCGUGUUGAUGUUGUACUUAAGCAAGGACUGUGCACUUCUGCCCAAGGACCUUUGCGAAUAACUGUGCACCAACAAAUGUUGACAUAAUUUAUUAAAAAUUACCAUACAAUAUUAAUAUUAAUCCAUUUUAUCAGCAAAAGAAAGCAUCAGAGUUCAGAGUUUAUUAAAAGCAAGAGAAGAUUUUUCACAUUCUUAUACUUACAACAUAUUAGAUAAUCCAAAAAAGCCGUAGUUUUAGUGAAUAUUCCUGAUGAAAUCAAAAUAGCAUGGUUUCAAGUAUGGAUGUAGAACCAAACAGACAAAGCUGUGAUAGCCGUGUAAUACUGUCACAAAGUGCGGUCAGCCAAAAAUCAAUCGAUCUGAAUUUAUCACCAAAAUCGAAUGAGUCUGCUGGUGACGGUGAGGCAGAUUCGCCUGAAUUAAACGUGUUGACAUCCAGCGAGCAACAGAACCAAGUGGUAGUGAGCAGCAACAGCAACAGCAACAAUCUAUCGACCCUUACCACAACAUUAGUUGUGGUUCCGCCAUCAGUGAGUACGAUCAGCAACGUAAUUGCUGGUAAAAGUAAUGUCACGGAAACAGAUCUAGCCAAGAGAGCCAUGAAAUUGGAUCUAAUAGAUACAUCCAGUAAUCCAGUAGGAUCGACCAGUACUGCGUCCUCAUGUGCAAGUGCUGCUAGCACAAUACAAUCCACAACCUCCACUACAGCAGCGUCGAGUUCCGCAACUGCUAUUAUUAUGAAGCAUCGUAGGCUAAAAGAGCGAACUUUUAGCGAAGAAAUUGGCUCACCAAAAUCGCCUGCGGCUACAUCAGAAGUGGUCGACGAUCGCAAAGCUCUGCGAGACGCGCUAUACCAGGGUAUCUUCCAUCGUCAUCGACGCACUAUUUUUGCUGUUGGCAGCUUUUUACGCAUGCUAAAAAGUAGGAACUCAUCAUAUAAUACAAUCCGCAGUUCGUCAGAAGGUGAAGAUGAUACACGAUAAUGGCGGAACGAGUAACAGAGGAGUCCUUCGUGAAUCCAUCUAGAAAGCAUCAAACGGUUUCACCUGCACUCAGCAUCCCACCGACAAAAUUGGUGUCCUCACUCAUUGAAAGCUUGUAUAAAAUAUGUUGACACAAGAAACCCUUGCUCAUAGGUUAUGAGUGUACAACAAUAGCAUCAUAAAUACGCGAGCCUCUUAUCAAUCGCAAGGGAAAACCCCAACAUCAUGUGACGUGAUGUUUCUGGUACUUAAAGGCCUAUAAAAAAGCGUAUUGUCAGAGCAAACAUAUUCAUGAUGUUAUUUGUUAUAGACCGCAGUGUUUGGAAAUGAAGUUUAAUAGCAAAAAGUUUCUUAUCUUUGAAUAAAGGACCAUGCAAAAUGAGUAGCUUUUCCUCUCUGUGCAAUGACUUUGUAUUUUUCCUUUUCGUUAGAGACUGAUGAAAAUCAAUACCGAGCUUAGUUUGGCUAUUCUGUAUUCAUCACCCCCAUAUGUAUCUGUAAGAAUAAAUAAUCUAGAAAACAGUAUACAACAUGGAUGCUGGAGACCUUCAUAAUGAAACUGUAUGUUAUGUAAUCAAUAAGCUAUAUGGCUCUUUCAGGAACCACUUCAAAUCUGACUUUCAUGUUGUGCGCCAGAACAAACUGACCAAUUCUAAAACGCAGUGAUACACACAAAUCGGGUGCAUUUUAAAUAUCCAUUGUUUCUUCAAUGAACUCUCAUAAUGACAGCUAAAAGUAAUGUAGAGCAUAAAACAUAUUGAUGAAGUUAAUAUGUAAUCCUGUGUUGUGAAUAGCACAAUCCCAUAUCACAUCGAUGGUAAACUCUAUCCAUAGACGAAACCGAUUAAAUUGUUUCUGUUUUCUUUGUGAUAUUUCUGGAAGUUGCGACCUUUCGUAAAUGGCUCAACGUUGGUAAUGUUUUGAAUAAUUUGAUAUUUUAAAACAUAUUUGAACGCUUCUCUCACAAAUAUCGAAUUUUGACACCGCAUAAGAAGCUACAUGAAAGUAAGUAGUUAAAAAAGACAGACGUGAUGCGAGAGAGACAGAGGAAAAAAAUAGAGAACGACAGAAAGAGGGAGAGAGAGAGAGAGAGAGAGCAAGAGUAUUCUCUUGUAAGUACUUGAGAAGACACAAAACUAUGUGAACAGAACAAAAUUAAGAACAACAAAGCGAAAAUGUAACAUAUUCGAGAAAUUACUUACUGCCAAACAAAUACAAUCAGCACGAUGCGAGUUAACAGUUUCAAAUGGAAAACAUAAUGUUAGAAUUAUUGAGCAAAACGAAAUUGUUCGACCGAUGUACUAACACUAGACUCACUGAGCGCAUCGACAGGCCGCAUAUUUUGUAGCAACGUUAAAUUUAUGACAGUCGUAACAAAAAUGUGUAUCACAAAAGCAACUCUAUGGGUAUUGCUUUGUUGCGUAUAAUGAAGAUGUGUAUGUUUGUUCUGAACAAGACCAACAGCCAUAGUCCAUGCUGAAUCCGCCUAUACCUCCGAGCAACUGUUGAUGGCGUGUUAUCACAGAUACUAUAGUGUAAUGAUCUACAGUACUAGAGUGUAGCAUAUGGAAAUCCACAAUUUCACAAUCAGAACGAAACAAGAACAAACUUCUUAGGUAAUCUGUUCAUUUAAUUUUAGUGCUAGUUAUGGCACCAUUGCAGGAUUCGGUUCAUUGCUAGCUGGAGUUUGAAAUUGAAUAACCAUGUCUGAAACUUUUAAAGCUACUUUGUCUUUCGAAAUAAAGAUUGACGCAUUGCUGAGCGAAUUGUUGGAGAAUGUUUUCAUUUCCAUUACAUCUUCAAAGAAGUAGAGGUUAGAGGGGCUCUUUUUGUUGAUAAAUUAGGAAAAGGCACCCGAUUUUUGUCAGGAGAUAGUGUUGAGAGUUAAAGUAUGCAUAAUGUUAAAACUAUCUAGUUAAAACAUGUUUUUAAAUAAGUGACUCGUUAUUUCUACAUUCAAAUAGUAAAACAGGUAGGUAAAGCAACAAAAUACGCCUGGGCGUGUGUACACACUUGCGCUAGACUGAAACAUCAUUCACGACGUGCAUUUAGUGAAUUUUCUGAAUAAGGUUAUAAGGAUUAUGAUAUUUGUGUAUGUUUGAGAAUGUAUGUAGCAUGUGAAAACGCAGUGUAAAAUACAUCCUCAUAGAUAGUCCCACACAAACGCUCACAUUAGAGAUCAAUCAAUA